UUGGCUAUAUAUAUAAAAUAAGCCAAUCGUGAAACCAAAGAAGAGAUAUAGAUUUUUCUUCCUGCAGGACACACAAAAAGACGAAACUAACCUCCAAAGAAUUGUUGAAUCACAGAAUUCUCGCCCCCGAACAAAAUAUCCCAAUUCCUCCUCCUCUCUGCAACUUGCGCUUUCCUCUUCUUCUUCUUCUUCUUCUUCUUCUUCUUAUUCCUUCAAGACACCAAAGCAAAGGAUAGAGAACGAAGGAGCUUAACACGAAAGAAUCUUGAUAGAGAGUUUUGAUAUGGGGAAGAAGUGUGAUUUAUGUAGCGGUGUAGCAAGAAUGUAUUGCGAGUCAGAUCAAGCUAGUCUAUGCUGGGACUGCGACGGUAAAGUUCACGGCGCUAAUUUCUUGGUUGCUAAGCACACUCGCUGUCUUCUCUGCAGCGCUUGCCAGUCUCUCACGCCCUGGAAAGCUACGGGCCUCCGUCUCGGUCCUACCUUCUCCGUCUGCGAUUCCUGCGUCGCUCUCAAAAACGCACCCGGCGCUGGACGGAGCGUGAUCUCGCCGGAGGAGGUUGAUAGUUUCGAUUCCCAAGAGGAUCGGAUUAGAGAAGAUGGCGCUGAAUCUUACGAUGAUGGUGAGGAUGAGGAAGAUGAUGAUGAAGAGUACAGUGAUGAUGAUGAGGGUGACGUUGACGAUGAUGAGGAAGCUGAGAAUCAAGUUGUCCCUUGGUCUGCUGCUGCGGCGGCGCAACCUCCUCCGGUCAUGAGUUCGUCAUCAUCUUCUGACGGAGGUUUCGUGACGAAGAGGACGAGGACGAUGGAGAAUUCAGAUCUUCUCUGCUCCGAUGAUGAGAUCGGAAGCAGUUCAGGACAAGAAUCAAUUUAUUCACGGCCGUUGAAGCGAUCGUCAAGGGAUGAACCGGUGGUUAACUCGAUCGUCAGAUCAUUGAAGAGCGCCGUUGAUACAUCUGCUUCAUCGUCUUCUUCUUUCAUCUUUGCCACCGGUAAAACCAGGAGAGAUCUCAGCCGUUGAUUCCCCUUCUUUUCCUCUUUUUAAGUAAAUCAUAACCGUUCAUUUUCUGACAAUACUUAUGUUUCAGUGUUGAGGUAGUAGUUCUUUCUUUUGAUCAGCUUAUGUCGUACAAACUCAAAUUUUUUUAAAACAACUUUUGUAUCUGACCUCUCUAUUAUUAUGUUGAUUAUUAUUAUUUUUUCUUUUAAGCUUUUAAGUAGAUAAUUUUGGAUUCGUCA